AUGGCCCGAACCACCCGCGCCGCCGCCGCUGCUCGGCAGCCCGUCUCAAAAGCUCAAGCAUCGACCCGCGCAAAGAAGGAAGAGCCAGACGUACAAGUGAAGAAAGAAGACACCACGCCUCGCAAGCCUACAGCAUCUACGCGAAAGCGCGCCGCUGCCACCGCAGACAAACGCUCUUCCAAGAAACUAAAGACUGAAGAAGCUUCGCCUGAGCCCGCGCAACUGCCUUCACCUUCUUCCAGUGCCGCUUCACCCAAGUCAGACCCAGAACCUUCGACGCCAAUAACAAAGUCCAAAUCGCCAAAGAAGGUUAAGGCCACGCCUGAAGCUCUGCGCGACCGCAAGCUCAAAGCGCACUUGCAAUACGCGAAGACCUCCCCUUUCCCGAACUUCCCACAUCCGACGCACGCUGAAGCCAAGCUCGCCCACAAGAUCCUAUCGCAACUUCAUGGUUCCAGGAUUCGCCCGGAGAAAGUUGUGGCACGGAGCGACCGCGCAGGAUGUGGGGACAGCCCGUCGGUCCUGGACGCCUUAGUCCGCACAAUACUCAGCCAGAACACCAGUGACACCAAUUCCACCCGUGCCAAAAGGAGUAUGGAUCAGGUCUACGGCGGCAGUGAUGAGUGGCAAAAGAUUGUGAACGGUGGGCAAGCAAAGCUGCAGGAGGCCAUCAAAUCCGGCGGCCUUUCCGUUGUCAAGUCCAAGGUGAUCAUUUCCAUUCUACAGCAGGUGCACGACAAGUACGGGACCUAUAGCUUGGAUCACCUACAUGAAGCGAGCACCGAAGACGCCAUGGCGGAGUUGCUGUCAUUCCAAGGCGUUGGGCCCAAGACUGCCAGUUGCGUCCUGCUUUUCUGUCUGCAACGGGAGGACUUUGCCGUCGACACACACGUCCAUCGGAUUACAGGCCUGUUGGGCUGGCGGCCCAAGAGCUCUAGCCGUGAGGAGACCUAUGCUCACCUCAAUGUCAUGAUUCCCGACGAAGACAAGUACGGGUUACAUAUCUUGCUGGUUGGUCAUGGGAAGAAAUGCGAGGAAUGUCGAGCUGGAGGCAAGAGCGUUGGCAAGUGCGAGUUGAGAAAAGCGUUUCGGAAAGGGAAGCUUGAGGGAGAAGCUGGUGAGGGAGUGAAGGAGGAAGAACAAGAGGUAGUCAAAGAGGAGGACGAAUAG